UAACUAUUUUACCCGGUUGAAAAUUGAAGCGAAGACUCAAACCAAUCGAAAUUGUAACAUACAGUGUUGCAAAACACAUAAUUUAUAAGUGCGAUGUUUUCUCAAAACAUUGCCCAUCUUUAAUGUAAAUAAGACACGUUUUGCAAGUUACUGCAAAUUUUUGUAAAUUAUUACUGAAAACAUGAGCAAUAUCGUUCAAUAUAUUGUGGUACGCAGCGACUUACGAUCUGCACUUAAUUGGCCAAUGGGAGCGGUGAUUGCCCAAUGCUGCCAUGCUGCAACUGCUGUAAUGCACUUGAAUGCCGGCGACUCCGAUACGGUGGCUUACCUGAACGACUUGGAAAACAUGCAUAAAGUGGUGCUGGAGGCCAAAGACGAGGCGGCUCUGGUCAAGCUUAGCGAAAAAUUGAAGGAGAACGAGAUCCAGCACAAGUUGUGGAUUGAGCAGCCGGAGAAUAUUCCCACCUGCAUUGCCCUCAAGCCCUAUGUUAAGGACACAGUUCACAAAUACGUAAAGAACUUUAAGCUCCUAAAGGCGUAGUGUAAUUUAAAAUGUAAGAUGACUGAAAUAUAU